GAUGCUGAGCGCGAGGAGGCGGAGUGAUCCCUCCUGCCCACGACCCACGUAAACCGAGUCCGCGCUCGGACCCGCAGCCACACGGAGAGCGACGCCGGGGACGAAGCACUGAGGCUCAGACACUCGCACCGGAUUCUGCUCUCGCACAUUCCACGUCUCUUUUUUGGGGGAUUUAACGUGCGUUUCUUUUCUUUUCUUCUCUGGCGAACGCUUUUAAUGAUCCGACUGAUCUGAGCGUCGGUCUCCUUUACCCUAUACACAUGCAUUUCUCAGCCACUUCCACGAGAAUUGGGUCAUGAUCACAUCGCCCACGGUCUCCGUCCUGAGAAAUAGCACGAAUCCAGCCUGGCAGCGCGGCUCCUCGGGAGAGUGGGGCGCACUGAAGAUCCGCCCGCCACCCGUCCGCAACUCCGUCUCUCCCGCAGACCCUUCUCGCCAAGCCAGUCGUCUUCCCAUAAAGGUUUUGAAAAUGCUCACGGCUCGGGGAGGACACAUUUUACACCCGGAAUACCUCCAGCCUCUGCCGUCCACCCCCAUCAGUCCCAUCGAGCUGGAUGCCAAGAAAAGUCCGCUGGCUCUGUUGGCCCAGACGUGCUCUCAGAUCGGCAAACCCGACCCGCCGUCCUCCUCCAAACUCUCCUCUGUGACCUCAAAUGGAUCUAAUGACAAGGAGACCAAAUCCGGUCCGCUGAAAAUGAGCGACAUCGGAGCAGAGGACAAGUCCAGCUUCAAACCUUACUCCAAAUCCGCAGAGAAGAAGGACUCGAGCAGCAGCAGCCUCGGUGGAGAUAAAAACGGUUUCCGAGUACCUAGCGCCACCUGCCAGCCGUUCAGCCCCAGGACAGGCAGCCCCAGCUCCUGCACCUCCGUCUCUCCUCUGCCGUCCGAAGGGAAAGCGGGCGACAAGGAGGAGAAGAAGGAGUCUGACAGCAAUAAAAGCAGCACAACUGAGAGUAACGGCAGCCAUAGGAUAAGUGGAAUAACCUCUGAUGGCAGCCAACACCAGGAGAGCACAUCUGGAUCCAAGACUGUUACAUCAGACUCGGCAUGUGUAACCUCAUCAUCAUCUUCCGUCCUCACCUCUGGACUGGUGGCCCCCGUUUCCCCCUAUAAGCCCGGUCAUACAGUUUUCCCCAUGCCACCUGCCGGUAUGUCCUAUCCUGGAAGUUUAGCGGGUGCAUAUGCAGGUUAUCCACAGCAGUUCCUCCCUCACGGAAUGACCCUUGACCACACCAAAUCCAGCAGCCAGCUGUUAAGCGCACAGUUUGCUGCGGCCAACUCACUGGGAUGCAGUAAAGCGGGGACGAGUCCCUUAGCUGGAGCCUCCCCGCCGUCCCUAAUGUCUGCUAGUCUGUGUCGAGACCCCUACUGCCUGAGCUACCACUGCACAAGCCAUUUGUCUGGUGCGGCCAGCGCAAACGCCGCACAUGACUCUGCGGCUGCCGCUGCGGCUGCCAACGCGCUAAAAUCCGGAUACCAGCUCAUGUACCCGACGCACCAGUUACACAGCAUGCACUCCUCGAUGCCGUCGUUCAGUGGACAUCCCUUAUAUCCCUACGGGUUUAUCCUGCCCAAUGACCCCCUCCCACACGUGUGUAACUGGGUAUCUGCUAACGGACCUUGCGACAAGCGAUUUUCUUCCUCUGAGGAGCUCCUCGGCCACUUGCGGACUCACACGGCCUUUGCCGGCACAGAGAAGUUGAUAUCUGGGUACCCGGGCUCGUCUUCUCUCGCCAACGCCGCUGCUGCCGCUGCCAUGGCUUGUCACAUGCAUAUGCCCCCUAAUGGCAGCCCAGGCAGCCCCGGCACGCUGGCUCUCAGGGGCCCCCAUCACCCUCUCGGACUGAGCAGCCGCUAUCACCCUUAUUCAAAGAGCCCCCUGCCCGCCCCCGGGGCCCCGGUGCCAGUGCCUGCGGCCACGGGGCCGUAUUACUCCCCCUACGCCUUGUACGGACAAAGACUGACAACAGCCUCGGCCUUAGGAUACCAGUAGAAAACAAAGAGUUAUAGCCUACAUUUAUAAAGGAGAUUUAGGCCCAAUGAGUUUUAUAUUGUACUUCAUGCAGGGACUGGAUCCAUGUGGGGAUCACUGUAUUUAUUUGCGAUAGCUUCAAGCGUGUCUAAAAUAAAAAAAACUAAUUAUAAUAUAA